CACCACCCCUCUCCGCAUCUCCUCUCCCUGUCGUCCUCUCUCCGCACCUUCCCUACCCAUCGCGCCCCCAAACCACGCUCCCUGAUUCGGCAGCGCUGUCGGCGGAUUAGAGGGUGGGCGGCGGCGGCGCACCACCGGAGGACGCGGCGUCCUUGAGCAUGCGCCGCUGGUCGUUGCGUAGACCUCGUCCUCGCGUGCUAGUGCCUGUCAAUCCUAAACAUGCGCCGCCACCGGAGAGUGUUGACGACGACGCCGGCGGCCGACGGAAAACGAGGCCGGAGACCCGUACCACCACGACGAGCGCUGUGCCGACAUCCACAGCCAUGUUAACGACCUCUUGCAGUCUUCAUAUGCUUCUUCUCAUCAUCACUCGUAGCAGGACAUGGAGCACGCACUCUAUGGACGCCAUCGUCUAGCCUCCUCUCUUGCUGCUAGCUGCUGCUUUUGUUGUAUCGCUAGAAGACCGGCAACUGUGACAGACGCAACCUUGGCUUCUUUUCUUCUCCUUCUUCGGUGAAGUUUGAGCUUGCUGCUGAAUAUUGAUGCUCUAAAUUGAGUAGUUAGGCCAGUAGUUUUGUUGUGAUUUAGAUCACUAAUUUGUUAGGUUUAGUAGGUAGUUCAGUAAUUUUUUCGAUUACUGAGUGCUGCCAAUCUGAAGUGACUAGUUAGUCUAGUAGUUCUGUAAGCAUUUUCAUUUCAGUAUUUUUUUAAUUGCAAGCAAAAAAUAUUUUGUCGCUUAGUUCAGUCAUUACUGAACAUUUGAUACUCUGAGUUAGCAAAACCAAACUUUUUGCUCUAAACCGUGCUCAAUGUUGGCUAGUUAGGCUAGUAGUUUUUGUUACGAUUUUAGUACCAGUGAUUUUUUAGGUUUCAUAGAUAGCCUUAGUUUUUUUUAUUACUGAUGAUUGAUGAUAAAGAAAUAAACCUCAAUUCUAUCGGAUAUGGGCCAUCCUAUUACUCACUUACGGUAUGUCUCAGUAAUGCAGUAAUACUUAUAAAUAUCGUUAAUCUCUCAAUACCCCAGAAUUAUUUGCGUAUUUUCAGUAAUUCUCUAUAAACCAGUAACACUAUGUAGCACUUGAGUUACUCUCAAUAAAGCAGUAACCCAGUAAUUCAGUAUCUUGCCGGUCUUGCUCUGUUUUUCUCAAUGAUCCUUCAUAGUUUUACUAGUGGCAGGUUCAUGUGGGUGUGGCACCCCUUUCCAACUUUGUCACCUCAUGCACAUGACACUGAUAUUACUGAACUUCACUUUAUAAGGGAGAAGGUUCCAAGUGAAGAUAAAUAAAGAGGCAUCAAGUGUUUUUUAAGACUUUUGUUUUUGAAGGCUACUCAAUAGCCAAUAUAGUUAAUCGUGACUAAUAUGUGUACAUACGUGUGGUCACCACCGAACAAUAUUUUUCCCAACUCUUUAUUGUCCUUAUAAGGUCGAACUAGGUGUAAUCCGUAUAAAUUAAAAAUUGCAGAUGUUUACAUUUGUUACUCUAGCCUAUUGUAAUCUGUUAUAGCAAAUUGAAAUUUAUGAGCAUGGAACAUCUUCCUUCUCCAUUGAAAUAGUUAGUUAUCCCAACUGAUAUGUAACCAUGUCCCCAAAUAAUGAUAGGUAGGCGAGCGUGGCAUCCAAAUGUCUGGAGGGCAGAAGCAAAGGAUUGCGAUUGCCAGAGCAAUAUUGAAGUCACCCAAGAUUCUCCUUUUUGAUGAAGCCACUAGUGCAUUGGACUCCCAGUCAGAGAGUGUUGUGCAAGAGGCGCUUCAAGUAGCCUCCAUGGGUCGUACUACUAUUGUUAUCGCACAUUGUCUAUCCACCAUCAGAAAUGCAGAUAUGAUUGUCGUCAUGCAGUCUGGUGAAGUAAAGGAGUUAGGCUCCCAUGAUGAGCUCAUUGCCAAUGAGAAUGGCCUAUACUCAUCUCUUGUUCGUCUCCAGCGGAUUGGGGAUACCAGCAGUGAGGCCAACGCACAGACUGGUAGAAUUGGUUGUACUUCAGCUUCUGAACGAAAACCUGGCAGCCCUCAUGACAUGAGCAGGAUGUUAUGUUUGGAUAACAGGCCAACUGGUGACGGAGGAGGUGAGGAUAGUACCAAUAAGAAGCCAAAGGUUCAUGUGCCAUCGUUUAAAAGGCUGCUGAUGCUUAAUGCACCAGAGUGGAAGCAUGCACUGAUAGGGAGCUUCAGUGCGGCGUUGUUUGGAGGUAUCCAGCCCAUGUAUGCAUACAUCAUAGGCAGCAUCUUUUCGGUCUACUUCUUGACAGAUCAUGCUGAGAUAAAGAACAGAACAAGGGACCAUACGUUCACCUUUGUCGCUCUUGCAGUUCUUUCGUUAUUGCUCAGCAUCGGACAACAUUAUAACUUUGGUGCCAUGGGAGAAUAUCUCACUAAGAGGAUCAGGGAACAAAUACUCAAAAGGAUUCUUACUUUUGAGAUUGGUUGGUUUGAUCGUGAUGAGAACUCCACAGGUGUUGUAUGCUCCUUGCUUGCCAAAGAUGCCAAUAUUGUGAGGGCACUUGUGGGUGACCGAAUGGCACUAGUGAUCCAGGCAGUUUCUGCAGUGCUCAUAGCACGGACGAUGGGACUUGUUAUUGCUUGGCGCUUGGCCCUUGUCAUGAUAGCAGUGCAGCCACUUAUUAUUUGUUGCUUCUAUGCUUGUGAAGUCUUACUGAGCAACGUGUCGAGUAAAUCGAAGGAGGCGCAAUCCAAGAGUAGUAAACUAUCUGCUGAGGCCGUCUCCAAUCUCCAUACUAUCACUGCAUUCUCAUCGCAAGAUCUUAUUCUAUGCCUUUUUGACCAAGCACAGUAUACAACUCGGAAGGAAAACAUUCGGCAAUCGUGGUUUGCAGGACUUGCCCUUGGCACCUCCGUUGGCAUUAUAGCAUGCACAUGGCCCCUCAACUUUUGGUAUGGUGGAAAGCUCAUGGCUGCCCACCACAUUACAGCCAAGGCGCUCUAUCAAACCUUCAUGAUUAUAGUAAGCACUGGGCGUGUCAUUGCAGAUGCAGGAACAAUGACAACUGACCUUGCUAAGGGCGCUGAAGCGGUCGCUUCGAUGUUUGCCAUUCUUGACCGCAAAACAAAAGUUGAGCCUGAUAACCCUAAGGGAUACAAGCCAGAGAAGCUAAAAGGUGAUGUGCAAAUUGUAGGAGUAGAAUUUUCAUACCCAUCAAGGCCAAAUGUGAUCAUAUUCAAAGAGUUUUCCUUGAGCAUACAACCAGGGAAAUCAACAGCCAUUGUUGGGCAAAGCGGUUCUGGCAAGUCAACCAUCAUUGCACUUAUAGAGAGGUUCUAUGACCCACAUCAGGGAGUGGUGAAGAUUGAUGGAAUAGACAUAAAAAUGUACAAUCUCCGAGCCUUGCGACGGCACAUUGGUUUGGUCAGCCAGGAGCCAACAUUGUUCUCAGGUACCAUUAGAGAGAACAUCAGGUAUGGCAUCGAAACAGCAAGUGAGGAAGAAAUUGAGAAUGCAGCAAGGUCUGCAAAUGCACAUGGAUUCAUUAGCAGCCUCAAGGAUGGGUAUGACACGUGGUGUGGUGAGCGAGGUUUACAUCUUUCAGGAGGACAAAAGCAGCGCAUUGCAAUUGCUCGUGCCAUCCUAAAGAACCCUGCUAUCUUGCUACUAGAUGAAGCCACAAGCGCCCUGGACAGCCUAUCUGAAAAGGUGGUGCAAGAGUCAUUGGACAGAGUGAUGAUCGGGAGGACAAGUGUCGUGGUGGCACAUAGAAUUAGCACUAUCCAAAAAUGUGACUUGAUUGUUGUGCUUGAGAAAGGAGCUGUUGUGGAGAAAGGCACACACACAUCCCUCAUCGCCAAGGGUCCCUCUGCAAAAUACUUUGGAUUGGUUAGCUUACAACAAGGAGGCAAUCGGCACUGAGGUUUUCUAUGGCAACAUGAGCAUUUUCGCAAAGUGCAGGCCAUUUAAAUGUCAUCAUCUAGACCAAUCUGUUUGCCACAAUAAUGUUCAGUAGAUGUUGAAACUUCUUCCUGCGGCAACAACUCAUCUACACCAAUCUGUUGGCCACAAUAAUGUUCAGUAGACAGAAGUGUUCCAAGGUUCUAGUUUCCUGAUACAACUUCUGAACAUGAUGACUUGUGCAGCAAAACAUUAAGAACUGAGCAAAAGUCAUCUGUCCAAUUGUGACUUUUA